AUGUCUACUGCACAGGAUGAAUACAUUGCUUUGAUCAAGGCUUCAGAACCGGUGGAGCCCGCUGUGCUAAAUUCCAUAUUCGACAAACUCCCUCCAAUUAAACCAGACCAAUUGAUUGGGGAGUGGGAUGGAGGGUUCUUCGACACUGGCCAUCAGGUUGCGAGCACCCUGAAAGAGAUACGGUGGGUGGGCAAGUCAUUCAAGUCCAUCAACAACGUGGAUCCAGUGAUCAUUGAGAAGGAUGGGGAGCGAACCAGUUGGGGCAAGUGGGGUUCUGCAACUUUGAAGGAGAUGGUGUAUCGAGGAGUGGUUUCAACUACUAUGGUCUACGAUGAGCGGCCGGUAUUCGACCAUUUCCGCUAUGUAAAUGACAAACUCAUCGCAGGGAUCAUGGAAGGCAAGACACUUGGCGAGGACUUUUUCUUUUACUUAAAACGACAAGAGUCUUGUGGAUAG